AUGCCGACCAUUCAAGAAUAUUUUAACAAUAACUACGGAAGCGAAGUAAAAGCAAUACAUUUAACAGGAAAUCAGAUAACCCGAGACCUGACGGGCAGCGAACUAACAGUGGAGAAUUUCCCCCAACUAAAAACUUUAAGCAUUAAAGGUCUACCGCAAUUAAAAAAGUUAAUUAUUAAGGGUGAAAAUACCCAACAAUUAAGCAAAAUAGAAAGUGAAAUAGACCAAGUGGUAUUAAUGGGCGGUGAUAAUAACCAAAUAGCGAUAAUAAAUACCGAAAAAAACCACUCCAACCCCAAUAAUAACUCACCAAUUCUUUGGCAAGGUUUAGCGGGCAUAUUUUUGUUAAUAGCAAUAUUUAGUAUCAGUUAUAUUUUCUACUUAGUGAAAAAGCGUAAUGCUAUUUCGCCAGUGCCACCGCACUUUCGCGGUUAG